CAACGCGCGAAACGUUUUUGAAUUUUUUAUUUUAGGUUUUCGACUUUUUUUCGUUUUUUGACAUAUUUGUCGUCUUUUAUUUUGCGGGCGCAGCAAUUUGGCAGGCAGUGUGGCAGUCGAUCAAUUCCCAUUCCUGACCACAAGUACCUUAAAUCAUAUAAUUAUAAUGUUAGGCUACGCGUCGUGACAGCUUAUGCUACUACUAACGGUAAUGAUAAUAGCCCUGCCCAUGCGCAUGGAUAUGGAUGUGACUAUGGAUAUAAACAUGGAUAUGCAUGCGCAUGCGUACCUGUGCGUCUGCAUGUGACUGUGUCUGUGUGUGUGGUGGUGUGCGUAUGCUUGUGUGGUCAACUUUGAGUCGGACUCGGCAACCUUCUCUAGAUGUUGCCAACGAUGCCACGAUGAGAAAAAGUUAAAACAAAAAAGCAAAAGAAAAACAAAUAAUGAAAUAAAAAGUCAAAAAAUGCUAAAGUUGUUAAAAGUAAAGUUGAAUGUGCAGCAUGAAAAGCAACAAAAUAAAUACAUGAAGUGCAUAAAAAUCUAUAAACAUACACAGAUAUAGAUACAGAUACAGAUACAGAUAUACACAUGUACUGAGCUUGUAUGGCCAAAUGUAUCUAUGUGCGCAUACCUGUGUAUCUGUGACUCGUAAAAGAAAGAAAUGCGAAAUAACAUUGGACACUUCUUUGGCUCUGCUUUAUAGUUAUAGAGCGCGAACUUUAUACGUACAUUGUCUGCAUGUAUUUAUGUACAUAUGUAUCUUAUACCUGUAUGCAUAUGUACGUCUCCUAUCAGUAGUUAUCUCAUUGUUGCUUCUUUAUUGGCUAACUGUUGCUAACUUCUUGAAAGCGUUUUAUUUUACGAAUUAGUACUACUACUGCCUAUACGAUUAGAAUCAGCUGCCAGCCGACAGCCGAGAGCAGUUAUCUUCAAGACACAAUUUUGUAUAUCAAUGUUGGUUUAUGCCUCAGCCUCAGCAUCAGCCUCAGCAGCGGGUGCGUGAGUGUGCGCGUGCUGUGACGGCAGCAACAGCAGCAGCGGGGACGGCGACCGGCGCAUUUCAAUUAACAAAAUAAGCAAAGCCCGCAAAAUCAACAUAAUAGAUACAUAAUUGGCUAACAAGCCCCAGCCCGAUACCGACCCCAAAGCUGCCAAGUGCCGUAGCUGGCCACAAAAUUCGGCCACUUUUCGCGCACAUUUUUGCACGUGCUCUGUUUGGCGGGUGAUUGACAGCACAGCUCCAAAAGCUCCAACAGCUCCAAGCCCAGCAACAGGCCGCCAUGUCUAAUGCGGCGACACGGACGGAGCAGUCAAUGGCCGCAGCAGAGGCCCAACAACUGCUACGUGAAAUCGACGUGGAGAGCACCUCUAUGCCAAAGACGGACGAGGCUCGCUGGCUAUACGAUGAUCACAGAUGGUUCCCAAAUCGCACAAAGCCCGCUUCGAAGGCCUGCGAAUUACCAUUCAGGGCGCAGGAGAGCCAGAAUCAACUGGAGGGACUGAAUGAAUUCUUAAGCGACCCAGCCGCCGACCUCGACGACAAUGUCCUGCGAUACUCCUUCAAAGGCAAGCCGCCGGAGGUCUACUCAUCCAAAAAGGAAUUCAUCUAUACGCCCGCGCUGGUCGACAAGCAGCUCGUGCUGAAGAAGACUUGCGAGUGGUGGUUCUACAAGCAUAAAUAUAUCCGCAACAUGUCUACACACUGGCGGCAGCACGCCGGCAUAUGGAUCAGCGUGGCCGCGCUGGGCCUGUUCGGAGUGGUUAUAUUCCUCAUUUGCGGUGCGCCCAGCGACAGCAGCACCACCAGAUUAUAUGAGAUACAAGAGCCCAAACAGUUUUUUAACGAUACGAUUACUGUCAACUGGAGCGAUGAAAGCGAUAUUGAAAGCGACAACGAAUUUGGCAGCAUCCAGGACAUUGGCGAUGACAAUAUGAGUGCCUUUGUUACGCCAACCAAGAUACACAACUUUAGUCUCAAUGCCGAGGAUUUGCUAUACGAAUCGAAGCGACACAGCGACAGCAACAGCAACAACAACAGCAGCCAAAGGGAUGCGACCUCCGCCUUCAGCAUGACUGGCACAUUCCGCACCAAGUCUAGCCAGAUUUGGGAUCCACAUCCGGAGUACGUACUGCAGAUAUUUGGCCAAGAGCUGCAUCUUGUGCUGCAUCAGGAUACCUCCUUCAUACCAUCUAACACGUUUCGGGUCAUACGCAUACUCAAAAACCGGACCGAGGAGUCGGUUCAUGAGAGCGAGGGCCACUUUUUGGGCUGCUACUAUAAAGGUUACGUUGAAGGCGACAACCUAUCAGCGGUCGCCGUCUCUCUCUGCAGCGGCAUGACUGGUUAUAUAAAAACCCGUUUCGGCACGAUGCUCAUUCAGCCGGUCAACCAGACGGACGGCGACCAGAUUUUGCAUCGUGUCUGGCGGCAUUCGCAGCGCAAUCCUAGACAUGCUGUCUCCGAUUUGGAUCUGGAGCUUGAGGCGCUCGAUCUGGCGGAGAGCAUGCGACCACGUUUGACGCGGCGCAAGCGUCACUUUCUGAAUCUUGGCAACCAGGUAUACACGCUUGAGGUGCUCAUUGCCGUCGAUGCCAGCAUGGUGGAGUUCCAUAAGGAGGAUCUCAGCGCCUACAUUCUCACACUUUUGUCGAUUGUAUCAAAUAUAUUUGCGGAUGCCAGCAUCGGCAACUCCAUACGCAUUUCGUUGCUGAAUCUAUUGAUGAUGCGCGACCGGGAUCCCACCGACAACAGUAAAAGGGGCUCCAACGAGAAACUCAAGCAAUUCUGUUCGUACCUAGCCAAAGGAGGUUAUCAUUAUGACACGGCCAUGCUAAUCACACGCGAUCAGAUUUGCAGCAAUGAACGCGAAGAACGCUGCAGUACUCUAGGCUUGGCCGAAUUAGGUACCGUUUGUAAGGCUCGCUCCUGCUCCAUUGUGCAGGACAAUGGGCUGCCCGCCGCCUUUACAAUUGCGCACGAACUGGGUCACAUCUUGAACAUGCCGCACGAUGAUGAUGAUCGUUGCAAGCGACACAAUGCCAAAUCUGGCAACAAUCGAACACUACACAUUAUGUCCAGCGUCAUGGGCGACCAUAUGCAUCCAUGGUCAUGGUCGAAAUGCUCACAGCAUUAUGUCUCCGAGUUCCUCGAGAAAACUGACAAAUCCUGCCUGGAGAACACGCCAUCCUCAUACAUACCCAACCUGAACACGAAGCAGCCCGGUGAGAUUUACUCGCUGGACCACCAAUGCCAGCUGAUACAUGGCAACCAGAGUACCCACUGCUCCUUUGAGACAGAUUGCCGGAGGCUUUUCUGUAACGCCAACACGCAUGUCAAUGACCUCUGCCGUUCCAGCAAUUUACCCUGGGCGGAUGGCACGCCCUGUAAUAACAACCGAUUUUGGUGUCAGAAAGGUAUUUGCGUGCCACGCCUGGGUAGCUCCCUCCAAAUGGUCCACGGCGGUUGGGGACCCUGGAGCGCAUUCACGCCCUGCAGCCUCACAUGCGGCGGCGGUGUGCAAGAAUCGCGACGCGAGUGCAACCAACCAUUGCCCGAAAACGGUGGGAAAUACUGUUUAGGCAGCCGAAAGAAAUAUCGCUCCUGCAACACACACCCCUGCCCUCCCGGCACCGUGGAUCCACGCGAGCAGCAGUGCUACGAUAUGAACGGCAAGAACUUUAAGAUACCGGGCAUCAAGCCGGACUCAAAAUGGAUACCCAAAUAUGGACUGAACACACACAUAACGGACAAGUGCAAGUUAUAUUGCCGCUUGGAGGAUGAUAGCGCCUAUUUCCUGCUGCAGGAAAUGGUCAAGGAUGGCACCACCUGCACCGUGGACAGCUUUGACAAGUGCGUCAAUGGCAUCUGCCGCCCGGCUGGUUGCGACAACGAGCUCAACUCCAUUGCCAAGCUCGAUAAAUGCGGUGUUUGCGAGGGUCGCAACGAUACGUGCGAGGAAUUCACCGGAAACGUGUAUGUCUCCGAUUUGCUGAAGCAAAAGAAGCCCCCCCUAAGCCUAUACUAUGUCACGACAAUCCCAAAAGGUGCCUCCAACAUCGUUAUCACACAGCCUGGUUACCCUGAUCAGAACUAUAUUGUUGUAAGCGAUGACAAGCACGUUGCUUUCCUGAAUAGGGACAAGGUGGUCACGCCUUAUGCCAAAACGUAUUCCUAUGGGGGCGUAACGCUGGAUUACAAUGGCUCCAAUAGCACCAUAGAACGCGUAAACACCACCUACUCAUGGAAGCUGACGCGUGAUCUAAUUGUUGAGAUCAUCUCGAUAGACCUGAGUGCUGCCAAGAAUCAGAAUACCAUACUGAUAUCGUAUACGUACACCCUGGACAAGCCAAUCAUUGCGGAAGCGGAGGUGGAGAUCUAUCGCUGGCAAAUGCAAGCUUGGAGCAGUUGCGACUCACUCUGUCAGGGCACAAUGCAUCGCCAGGCGACCUGCAUUAGCACAACGCAGGGCCUUAAGGUGGCGGCCCAGUACUGUGACGAGUCGGCUAUGCCAAAACCAGAGUAUCGCAGCUGCAACACGGACUGCAUCCUAACAUUGAACACGACGAGCAUUUCGGAGUGCUCCGCUGCUUGUGGAGAGCUGGGCACCCGGGAGAAGACCUUCAAUUGUAUACAGACAUUCCCUGAUAUUCAGCGUCCGAAUAUCGUUGAUAUGUCCUAUUGUCAACUGAAGUUUGAGAUUGUACGCCACGAGCAAUGCCGCGAGGGUUGCUGGAAUUACACGGACUGGUCCACGUGCACACAAACCUGUGGCACGGGCACCCAAGUGCGCGAAGUGCGCUGCUAUCUGAACCACACGCCCGUCAGCAAUGAACUCUGUAAUCCACGAACCAAAUACGAACUGAACGAUCUGCUGCGCACCUGCAACAUGGAGCCCUGCCGCUAUUAUCCUGAAGUGACGAUAAACCAACGCUCUGUGAGCUCCUGGGUGACGGGUGAGUGGGGUCAGUGCAGCGAUUGGUGCAAGAUGAAUCGCACUGUGACCUGUUCCCAUGCUUAUGGCGGUCACUGUCCGGAGGAGAAGAUGCCUAAGGCGGUUCGCAAUUGCUGUCACAUUAAAUACACCAGCGAAUGGGAACAGUGCUCGGUAGAAUGUGGCAUUGGCACAAAGAACAAGGUACAGCGUUGCGCCCGCGUCUAUAAGCCAGAGGUGCGGGGUGCGCCCAAGAAGCGAGUAUACAUUGAUGACUCCUACUGCAAGAGGCUGAAGGUGCGGAAGCCAAUGCUGCGCAAGUCCACUAAGGUGUGCAAGAUCAACUGCAAGUGGGUCUUCUCUAAGUGGACGCGCUGCUCCAGCGACUGUACGGAAGAGUAUCAGACACGUUACGUGCGCUGCGAGGCGUGGCAGGGUAACAGCGUGAGCGAACGGUAUUGCGAUUCGAAAAAGCGGCCGAUCCAGCGAAAAAUAUGUGAAAACUGUGUGCAACGGCGGUUUAAGGUGUUGAGUCCCUGCGACUGCACGGGUUACGAGCGACGGCGCAUCUACUACUAUGACUCACAGGGGCGACAGGUCGCCGGCAGGCCGAAAGUGGAGAAGCACAAGUGCACCCCGCCGCCCAGUUGCAGGCGACGGAGUGUCAACAGCAAAAGCAUUACGAACAGUGUCCAGGUGUGGGGGCCACAGACCUGUGCCGAUCUGCAGAACAUGUAUCGCGUCUACAAGGAUGGCGAGUACACGCUGCAGGUGCACUCGCGGCAGGUGCGCAUCUAUUGCCACCAAAUGAACAGCCGGACGCCGCGAGAGUACAUCACUGUGGAGCCGCAGGAGAACUACUCCAUCUACUACGAGUACAAGACGCGACUAAUCGACAGUUGUCCGCCAACGUCACGUGACCAUGAGUACGCCAACGACCAGAACUCCGGACGCACGCACUUCAGCAAACUGCGGCUUAAUAUUAGUGACAUGCGGAUUAUCGAGAACGAUUUCGAGUUUGCUGAGUCACGAGGACAGCGACAGGCGCUUGGAUCUGCGGGUGAUUGCUACAAUCGCAACAUGAACUGCCCGCAGGGCGACUUCUCCAUCAGUCUGGAGCGCACGGGCUUUGCAAUGCGGCCGGGCACCGUUUGGAAUACCUACGGCAGUCGAUCGGUCAUGCAGCGCGCAAGCGGGUUUGACACAUCGGCGACGUCGCGACGUGCGUUUUGCGGUGGGUUUUGCGGCCGGUGUCACAUAUCGCCCUCGUCCGGACUCUAUGUGGAGGUUGUGUGAUGAUGCAGCCCGCCGACUGCUGCCCAUGCCGAUUGGGCCUGAUAAAUCCUUGGUGCUAUUUUUUGCGCAGCGAUUUCAUCGUAGCUCGGCUCCUGUGCAUUUAAACAGUUUGUUUCGCAGCCAGCUCCAUGAGAUCUUCCGAUUUGUGCGUCUCGUUGUGCACACGAGUCAACCGCACAGAUCAUAGAAAUUGAAUAGUAUUAAAACGAUUUACAUGCACGCUUACACACCCACACCCACAUACACACACAUUCAUACAGGCAAUGUAUAGUUAGCUAGGUAAAUUACUAACGCCUUUUAGGGUAAAAAAAUAGCAAAGUAUUUUCGAAUCUCAGCCGGGUAUUUUUCAAACCUUAUUGUACCAAAUGUGCAAUGCUCGUUAUCGAAAUGUUUAUUGAAGCGGACCAAAAUGGUCCACAAAUAUUUAGUUGUCCAAUUGGAGGACCAGAAAACUGCCAGCAAAACCAGCAUAAAUGAAUUUUUUGUCCAAAAACGAAAUUACAAGCAUAUUUCACCGCCAUUCAUAGAUUUUUAGGAUCUGUAUAUAGCUAAAACUAGGCUACAAAGUUGAGCAAUUUUGCUAGUCUGGAACAGCUACGUUACAUAUUCAAUAUAAUUAGUCAACUAAUUAUAUUGGAAAAGUAUGGUAACUGUUCUGGAGCGUAGUUUAAGUUAAGGAGCUUGUUAAUCAAAUUAACAGGCUAGCAGCAUGAUAUUUUUAUAAAAUCUAAGCACAUACAAUAUUAAUUAAAACAUUUUGUUAGGCACUCAAGAUUAAGCAUAAUAUAUAAACGUAUAUCUUAAAAGUUACAAAACUAAAAAACCCAAAAAAAUAUAUAUUUAGAAAUUUAGGAAAUUAUUUCGGUAUUCAAAUAUAAUUAAAUAAAGUUAACCACUUAAGUUUACUAAACAAAGUGCAAUGCCGGCUUAUACAAUAUUUGUAUAUCUAAAAUUAACUGUAGUUAAGUAAUUAAUUCUAUAUACGUGGUUCUAUAUAUUUAAAUACUACUUACUUGUAUAUGUACGAUAGCUAAAACAAGAAUACUCAUAUUUAAACAUAUAUUCUACAUCCAAUCCAAAAAAAAAAAACUCUCCAACUAACACUGCUGAAACAGAGAAUAUAAAUGAUAAUUUACCUAUUAAAAAAAAAAAAAAAACACUGCCAAUCAAUUCAUUUUGGGUACAAUUAAAGGCCUAAAACACCAAAGUUGUGUUCUCGAAGUGAGAAGUCUCUAAAUAUUAUACGUACAGCCAUUUAAAUAAUUUUAUCCUUCAGUCCUCGCUGCCCUAAUUAAAUGUUAACGUAUUUUGGUAUUAUAUAUAAAUAAAUAUAUAUAUUAAUUAAUUAUGAUAAGCAUUUCUACACAAUAAUUUAACAUAUGAA